GCCCCACCAGCCUCUGACAUCCAGGGCAGGCUCAGGCAGACAGCAUACAUGAGAGCCAACCACGAAGAUAUCUAAAGACCAGGCCAUUGGCCUUAGGCAAAGUGCAAACACGGACUCUUAGACAACAUUCAUGCCAAGGGUGUUCCAUGAGCAGGGCAUCCUCUUUGGCUACCGACACCCACAGAGUUCCGCCACUGCCUGUAUCCUCAGCCUUUUCCAAAUGACCAAUGAGACUCUCAACAUCUGGACGCACUUGCUACCCUUCUGGUUCUUUGUGUGGAGGUUCGUGACUGCACUGUAUAUGACAGACAUCCAGAAUGACAGCUACUCGUGGCCUAUGCUCGUGUACAUGUGCACCAGCUGUGUGUACCCCCUCGCAUCCAGCUGUGCACACACCUUCAGCUCUAUGUCCAAGAACGCCCGGCAUAUCUGCUACUUUCUGGACUAUGGUGCUGUCAACCUCUUCAGCCUGGGCUCCGCCAUCGCCUACUCUGCAUACACGUUCCCUGAUGCACUGAUCUGCAGUACCUUCCAUGAAUGCUACGUAGCCCUGGCCGUGCUGAACACCAUUCUCAGCACUGGUCUCUCCUGCUACUCCAGGUUUCUUGAACUCCAGAAGCCCCGGCUCUGUAAGCUGCUCCGAGUCCUUGCCUUUGCCUACCCCUACACCUGGGACUCGCUUCCUAUCUUCUACCGGGUAAGGACAUGGCUCUUCCUGUUCCCAGGAGAGAGUUCAAGAAAUGAAGCCAUCUUGUAUCACCAGAAGCACAUGGUCAUGACCCUCCUGGCCUCUUUCCUGUACUCUGCUCACUUGCCAGAGCGACUGGCUCCUGGACGCUUUGACUACAUCGGUCACAGUCACCAGCUGUUUCAUGUGUGCGUGAUCCUGGCCACACACUUGCAGAUGGAAGCCAUCCUGCUGGAUAAGACUCUAAGGAAGGAGUGGCUUUUGGCCACCUCCAGACCCUUCUCCUUGCCCCAGAUAGCAGCAGCCUUGCUUCUGUGCAUCAUCUUCAGCCUCAGCAACAUUAUUUAUUUCUCGGCUGCUCUCUAUCGGAUCUCUGAGCCUGAAUUACAUGAAAAGGAAACGUGAUUUACAACACGCCAGGCGUCAGUGUUAAGUCACUGGUGUGGUGCCAGCUUACCGUGGCCAAAAGUAUGUGUAGUGACUGAUGUCUUGACGCUUUUUAAUGGGCUCGUAUCAAAAAAAGCAUCUAACCCGGGGAGAGUUCUCCACACAUGCACUGAUUCUGUAAGUGUUCUGUAAAAAGGAGAAGAACAUGGGCUUAAGUCCUGGACAAUGCAAAUUAUUGAAGUAUUAAGUUUUAAACUUAUUUAAAAUGGGGGUGCAGCACAGUCGGUAAAUACUUGCCUACAAUAUACAAAAGCCUGUUUUUGAUUGUUUGGUUUUGGCUGUUUUUAUUUGUUUGUUUGAGACAAGGUCUCACUAUGUAGCUCAGGCUGUCUUGGAAUUUACUGUGUAGACCAGGCUGGCUCCUGACUCCUCAGGGCUGAGAUUAAAAGCAUGUGCCAUGUACCACUAGACUGAGUCCCUGGUUUUGAUCCUCAGCGAAGCAGGAACCUGACCUAUAAUCCCAGCACCAGAGGAGUAGAACCAGAUGACCAGAAGUUCAGAUACUUAGUGAUUUGAGGCCAUCCUUGGAUACAGGAGAUUCUGUCCCUAAAAAAAUAUAGUUUUUAAUUUAAAGUCGAA